GCAUGCCCUUCGGUGCCACCGCCGGUCGCCUCCGUCUCCUCAGCUGCAGGAGCCUGUGAAGCAGGUUGUUGUUUUUAUGAGAGGCGUCACUGGGGACCCGAACCUCGGAUCGCCGCCAGCACGACUGCCAGCGCUGGCUUCGGGAGGUGGCUCUGGCCACUUUCAGUUCAAGACGGGCUUUUCCCCUUGCCUGGAAUCUACUCCCUACCCAUCUCCAAAUGUUUUGAAGUCUUGGUCCUUCAAGUCCCAGCUCAGAUACUUGAAAAAUGUCUGAAAACUCCAGUGACAGUGAUUCAUCUUGUGGUUGGACUGUCAUCAAUCAUGAGGGGUCUGAUAUAGAGACAGUGAAUUCUGAAAAUGGUGUAGCAAAUGAAAGCCCUGAGUUUGCAUCAGAAGAGUACACAGCUUUAGUGCAAGUAGAACAUCAGGAACUGCCUUUAGAUCAAGAAGGAAAUAGAGAAGGUGGUACAAUGUUAAUGGGAGAAACUACUUAUCUAGCUUUGGAAGAAGCCAACUCAGUCCUUGAGACAGAGAGAGAAAAAUCACCUGAUGACAAUGUCUAUUUUGGGGCUAUCAGUGAUGAUUCUGACAUCGUUACCCUUGAACCACCUAAGUUAGAAGAAAUUGGAGCACAAGAAGAAGUCAUAAUUGUUAAGGACAUUCAGGGUCCUGAAGAUUUUAACUUAGGCUCUUCCUCUAGUAGCCAGUAUACAUUCUGUCAGCCAGAUACUGUCACAAAAGAAAGGUGGUGGGAGAAGCUGUGGAAGAUUCCAGAGUACAUAAGGGGAUGGGAUGAUCAACUGAAACACCACGUUCCGAGCCAACUCUUUCAAGUAUUUCCAUCUCGGCCUACUGACGAUGAAUCAAGUAGCGAUGAAACAAGUCAUCAACCCAGUCCUGCAAUGAGAAGACGACGUGCUAGAAAGAAGACAGUUUCUUGUUCAGAAUCUGAGGAUAGACCACCUAAUGAACACGAAUCUGAUUCUCUCAGGGAACAGGUGCAUCAACGCCACUUCAGUAGCGGCCUCAACAAGUGCAUUAUACUAGCUUUGGUGAUUGCAAUCAGCAUGGGUUUUGGACAUUUCUAUGGUAAACCUGCAGGUACCAUUCAGAUUCAAAAACGUCAAGAACUAGUCAGAAAGAUACAUGCCGAAGAAUUGAGUGAUAUGAAGGAUUAUCUUUACCAGUGUCAGCAAGAACAAGGGUCUUCUGGUGAUAAGUCACUGAGAGAAAAUCUUGCAUCAUGUUUGAGACUUACUGAGGUAGAGAAGAUAGCCUUUGAAACACAGAAGAAAAGCCUUGCUACAGAAAACCACCAUUUAAGACUGUCUCUGGAGAAGGAAGAAAAAGCUUUGUCCUCCUUACAGGAAGAGUUAAGGAAACUAAGGGAACAGAUUCGGAAUUUGGAAGAUAAAGAAACAAGUACUGAAUUGAUAGUUUCUGAAAAUCAAAAACUUAAACAGCAUUUAGAAGAGGAAAAGCGAAAGACUCAUAGCUUUCUCAGUCAGAAGGAGACCCUGUUGGCAGAAGCACAGAUGCUAAGGAAGGAACUAGAAAAAGAACGACAAACAACCAUUGCCUUAAGGGAAGAACUGGAUCUUUUAAGCAGUAAGCAGUCAUCCGGUGAUGCAGACUCUCCCAGUACAUUGACUGAAAAUAAGGAAAUAGAAAUUUUACGAGGAAGACUAGCAGAGUUGGAAUGGAAGCUAACCUUUGAACAACAACGAUCUGAUUUGUGGGAAAGAUUAUAUGUUGAAGCAAAAGAUCAAAAUGGAAGACAAGAAAACAGUGAAAAAAAUAAAAGUAGCAAGGGUACUAACAAGGCUAAGAAGUCUAAAGAUACCUUGUUUGGUUCAGUUAAGGAAACUUUUGAUGCCAUGAAGAAUUCAACAAAGGAGUUUGUAAGGCACCAUAAAGAAAAGAUUAAACAGGCUAAAGAAGCUGUUAAGGAAAACUUAAAAAAAUUUUCAGAUUCUGUUAAGUCUACCUUCAGCCAUUUCAAAGAUACCACCAAAAAUAUCUUUGAUGAAAAGGGCAAUAAAAAAUUUGGAGAUAAAAGAGAUGAAGCAACUAAAAAAGCCAAAACUGUUUAUCGUGAAUAUUUGCAUCCUCAACCUAGACCGCCUUCCAAAAACACACAUCAUAAAAGUCCUGAUCAUAAAAGAUCAGGAAGAAAACAGAAGUCAGUACAGUUUGAAACAUUUGGGAAGAACACAAAUUCACAGAAAUGCAGCAUGAGCCAAGACUCAGUAAGAAAUUACCAUUUUUUAAAAAACCCUUCUGAUUUGUUUGAAUGUGGUCAUCAGGAAAAGCCACCAGUUCAGUUUGAAACCUUUGGUAAAAACACAAACUCCCAGAAAGGCACCACUGACAAAGACUGUGUGAAAAAUCAUCGUCUAACAAAAGGCUGUUCUGGUGUUUUUGAAUGUGCUCAUCAGGAAUUUGUUAGCCUUUUCAACAGAGUAUUAGACCCUGUAAGAAUAGAUGAAUUUAAUCAGUUAAUGCAAAGAUAUGUACAGCAAGAAGUAAAUGACUUCCAUCAUUGGGGAGAACUUCAGCAGUUCAUCAAUAAGUUUUUCCAUAACAGUGUCUUUAUUCAUGAUCAGAUGUUAUUCACUGACUUUGUUAAUGAUGUUAAAGAUUAUCUUGAAGACAUGAAGGAAUAUCAAGUAGAUAAUCAUGGAGUAUUUGAGGAUUUGGAUGACUAUAUAUAUAGACAUUUCUUUGGUGACACAUUUUCCCCUCAGUAUGGACCCAGUCGCCCUGAUAAAAAGCAUCGUAUGGUUAAUAUUGAAAACUCCAGGCAUCGAAAACAAGAGCAGAAGUACCCUCAGCCACAGCAUUAUAAGAGGGAAGGUAAAUGGCAUAAACAUGGUCGAAGUAAUGGAAGACACACGGCAAACCUUGAAAUAGAAUUGGGGCAGUUACCUUUUGACCCAAAAUAUUGAACAUGAUUAAGUAAAUUAGAUAACUUUAAGAGAAUUGUGGAUGUUCUCUACUCUGUUCAGUAUUGAAAACUAAAACUGAAGUUACCAAGAAGUCAAUGUCUUUCAUCUCUAAUUAUCAGUUUGGUGAAUUUUACACUGUUAACUCAAAAGCAUCCGUCAAAGCUUACUAACUUGCAUUUUCUUUGUAGUUUAGCUCUGCUGAAUACUUUUUGGCAAUGGAAAUAAGUUUGGUUGUAGUUUUACCAUUAGGGAAGCCAGGCAUGCAAUAGGUUUUGUGCAUGAAAUGAAGUUUCCUUUCGUUUUAAGGUAAGACAAGCUCAAGUUAUAUAUGACAAAGUAUAAUUAACACUGAUAUUUGUUAACUUUGGUGUUGAGCUGCCUUGGAAAAAUACAUUGUGAUGGAAUUUCAUCUCUGUUAAUGUUUUAUAAACUUGCUUCUUGUUUUUUCUUUGGGUUCAAGAGCCCACUGACUUGUGAAGAAUUUGCUGCCUUCUUAAUGAGCUUGCUGACUUGUUCAUUUUUGAAAUUUCUUACACAUCUGAAUGUUGUAGAAGGAAAAAUAAAACUACACCAUGGGGAAAAAGGUCUUUAUUGACAAUGUAGCAAUGUUAAGUAUGUGAUUUUACUGUUGCUCUAAGAAAAUUUCUUUGAUUAUUCCCUCAUCUAAAGGGGAUCAUAUAGUGUCACUUGGUAAGAGUGGCUCAUAGUUGUUGUUUACUUUUUCCAUAAAAUGUCCCAAUUUUUAAAAAAAUCCAAAAGGUUUCAUAUUUUUACAAGUAAAUAUAAUUUCUCCAAGAAAUAGUACAUUUUGAAAUUUCAUCUUCUGCUGACUUAAUUUUUAUUUCCUUUCAUAAAUAUAUAUAUGGCUUCCAGUUCGGCCUUCAGGCAAAUGAGUGUGGAAGAUAACAGCAGUUCUUUUGUAGCCAUUUGUAAUUAGAAAGGUCUUUAUUUCCUAUAAAUGUAAAAUAUAUAAAAGAGUUACUUUAAGUAUGGGAUCACAUUUGAAUUGAAGAUUUUUAAAGAAACUUAUUUUAGUUGCUUAAGUACAUUAAUCUGUCUUUUUCAACAACUUCUAAAUUACAAUAACAAAUUUAGCAAAUCAGUUUAUUUGAUAAAAACAAUGAACUUCAAAGGAUUUGGAUUGAUUUUUGUUAGGAGGAAAAAAAAAGCCAGGUUAAAGUGAUUUGGUUGAAGUAUGACAGUGCCUUUAAAUACCACCUGCAUGAGUGGGAGUUUGAGAUUAACAUCCUUUGGCAGUUUCCCAAAGUUCUUUCAUCUUUACUCACCUCUUCUAAAACGCUGAAGAUGAUUAAGUGAGUUGGCAAUAAUAUAUCACUGGAAAACUCUUUAUUUAGCCAGCUUAAUGGAUUUAAGUAAAAUUUAUCUGCUUCAUCAAGAUAAUUUUCCUUUCCAAUCAAGUCUGGGGGACACUGAAGAAAUCUCAUUGGAAGUGGACAGUGUACAUGGCUAAAGAAAAAAAAAUCAAAAGGAUAAAAAAUGUGGAGAAUAUUGAAACUGCCCUAAAGUUAAGCUUUAUUUUAUAAGCUAUAUGGCCUAAUCAAACUGGGGCUUUGUUUAAGCUUGGGAGAGCCCAGAAUAAGUCUUAUGUUGUUUUAUUUAUUUAAAAAAAAACAAUAGAAACCUAAAUUAAUAGUUAUAAAUGAUAAGCCUCCCCACCUCAUUCUCCCCUUAGUUUCAUUUCAAGCAAACAUUAGGUUUAAUUUAAUGCAAAUUGAAAUCGAUGAGCAAUUUAACAACAAAAAAUCCUUUAACAUAUAAAAAUUAUCUGUCAUGCAAUCUAAGGUGGAUUUAACCAAUCUUCAUUUCUUAAAUUGUGAAAGUAAAAAUUAAACCUCAAUUCCUCAGUGAAUUAAGAAGCCCUAGUGAUAUUAUAAUGCAGAAAUAAUUUCAUACCACAGGUGUACUUUGUUAUAUAAGCCAUGUUUUUUUAAUUGCUUGUAAAUUUUUAUAAUACUAAAUCACUAUUCCUAUUGACUUUUAUAAUUUGAGAAAUCUCCUAUAAUUCCUGCCUCAUGGGAGAAAGGGGAAACAAUUCAAACAUUUGCAAAGCAAUGUGAGGAAAUGGGAAUAAAGUAAUUUUAACAUAGAUUAUACUUGAAGCUGUGGGAGUGAAUCAGAUUGCUAAGGGAUGCUAAAUAGGAGAGGGUGAAGGACAAAGCCUUGAAGGAUACCCAUAUCUAGAGGGAGGAAGAGACUGAACCAGAGAAGAAAAUGGAAAGAUUAAGAAAGGACAAAAGCAGGUUAAGAAGGAUGAAGACUGGAUAAAGGACAGUUAGCAAUUAAAGUCAUCAACAGAGCUAUAGUAAAGCAAACAGUUUAUAUAGUGUGGUGGGGACAUAAAUAGAGACAAUAUUCUUUAAACUUGAGAAUGAGAGAGAACGGUAGGUUAAUAGUAGAUGGAAAAGUCAAGGAGAAAUUUUUUUAAGUUAGAAGGAAACCUAAGCAAGUGUGUUGAGGGAAGGACCCUGUAGAGGGAGAGAUUUAAGAUGAAAGAGGGGAAGGGAUGAGAUCAAGGGAACCAGUGGAGAAGUCUUGGCAAAAAGAAGUCACUUCAUUUUCAACCUAAGGGAAGAAGAGAGUGAAAUUAGAAAUUUUGAGGUGUUGUGGGGAGGACUUACCAUGCAUGGUCUUGUUUGUUGAGAACUGGGGACUGGAGGUAGAGGAAGUAGUUUGGAAUUACUAUUGUGAAGAGUGUAGUAUGGACUCAUUAAAAGAUGAUUGGAUUCCUAUCUAGUUGUAGCGGCCUAGGUGAACUUAAGACUGCAUUAAUUUUAGUGGAGCAAGUCACCAAAUCAUUUAGCCUUUGGGGAUAAUAAUAGCACUCACUUCACAAGGUUAUUGUGAGGAGCAAAUGAGAUAAUAUAUGUAAAGUACUUUGAAAACCUUAAAUAUGUAAAUCUUAGCUAUUCUUCAUAAUUAUUAUUAUUUGUGCUUAAUAUUGGCCUAAGGUUAGGGAUUAAUAUGGUAGGAAAGUGGAAAGACAAGGGGGCAAAUGUUUUGAACAUGAAAAAACACUGCCAUAUUGAAAUGGCUGAAUUAUGAUUAACAAUAUGAAGAGAAAGAAGUAAAGCCAGAAUAGGGCUGAUGGAUGAGGAGAAGAGGGAGGGACCAAAGAAAUGAAGUCACUAUGAAGACAAAGGUCAGGGUCUAGAUGCAAGGUAGCUGGAGAGAUGGAAGGAACAAAAGAGAUUGUAAACUGAGGGGAUAAUUUCAGAAUUCUAAUCUUUAAAGGGGGAUUUUUAAAAAGAUGAUAAGGUCUAAGGUAUACUCCAAAGGGUCUCUAAGAUAGCAAGGCAUGGGAGUUAUUAACCAGUUCUUUGCCUUGAAUUUCAGGGAAGCCAUAUCUCUCACUUUCUGUGGAAACCAAGACACCAAAAGCAGCACAGACAUAGACAUAUAUGCUUCACCAAAAUUGGGGUUAUUGAAGGAUGGUUUCUUUUAAGUCAGGUGGAGUGCAUCAUUGUAUCCUAGGUGGUUAAAUUUUCACACUAAAAAAAAUUCAGACUCCAACACUGGUGACCUCUUGCCAGUAACUUAUGGUUGUCUUGACCUCUUGGGGACAUAGGUACAGAGUUAUGUGGAUCUAUUUUAAAACUUGAAUGGAUGGGCUACUUUAUUUUGGUAUUUCACAUCACAUUCUAGAGUUGUUUAUUAUUCUUUGCUUAAAUUAUAUUGAAUUUUAAGAAAAGUUAUUUGAAAAUAAGUUUAAAAAUACAAGAUCUUAAAUGCUAUUAAACUUCAUUAGGAAUGCCUUAUUCUUUGACAGAGUUUGACUUAUUUUUUUAUGUUAAGGAUCAAUACUAAUAUAUCUGAAUAAAUGUUUUAAAUAGAUUUAAAAAAUCAUUUGGUCAUCAGUAAAUUUAUAUCCAGGGACUUUAAAAAACCACACUUUAAAGUAGUGCCAUUAUUGAACUAAUUUAGUUACCUGUAAUAAGGAAUAGAGUGGCAAGGCAUCAUUACAAAGACGGAGGCUGAAGACUGAUUAAGGGAAUUGUUGUCACAGAGUUCUUGAAUAUGAGUCAUGACAUCAAGAGAACCACGUUGAUGAAUCAAACCAGUAUAGAGGGCUAGGACCACAUUUGAUAAAAACAGAAAACUUAGUGCUGGUUUCUUCCAGGUUUUCAAGUGAUUUAAAGAAUGUCCUAGAAGGAUAUACAAAAUGAGCCCAAAUUAUUGACAAUAUUUAAGGGGGGGGGGUUGUGUAUGUUGUGAUGGUAACUAAUAACGUUAAUUUACUGAGAAUUUAAUGGUUUGUUUUCUAAAGAUUUGCUAGGAUGCCCUGAUCAUGUCUUUUAUCAUUUCCUAAUGCUCUACCUAUUAUCAUUUAGUUCAAGCCUACCUCUUCAUUUAUUCAUUUUAUCAUCUUUGCAUCAAGCUGUGCAGUUGCUUACCUAUCUUUGUGUAUAUUUGUGUGUGAAACCCAUUGUAUCCCAUAGGCUCAGAAGAAGUGGAAAAGGGGUUUUAGAAAUACUAGUCCAGUCUCCUGUGAGUAUUGUAACUACUGAAUGUCCCUUGUGGGCACUGAAAAUUUUAUCAAUGUUCAAUAAAGAUCAAUGAUCUCUAUGA